UAUCGCUUUCCGUAGUAAGGUGACGUCAUACUUCCACUUAGUCGCAUGUUCAAGAGAAUAAUCCCAGAACCCAAACAAACAGGAUGAGCAGAGGCUCCAAAUCAGCGUUAGACGUGCCUCUUAUGGACGAGACGUGGGAUUCUUCUGAGUACUCGGCUCCUCUGACCAUACUUCGCUGCAGAAAAUGCCGAAAGUGUCUUGCUGAGUCGACCUGCUUGCUGUCGAUAGGGAAUUCAGGGGAGCUGUCUACCACGUGCAGUGUUUGGCACAUGAAUGUGGACACCUUGCCAGAUUGGAUUCAGUCAGCUGUUCAUCAGGCCAGGUGGACAGUCGGUAAGCUGAACUGUCCCUUCUGUGGAGCUCGGCUUGGGGGCUUUAACUUUGUGAACUGCUCCAGGUGUCCAUGUGGCCACGAAGAUGUGGUGCACAUCAGCAAGAGCCGGGUAGACCACGAAAGCAAGUGCACUGUUUACCCUCUCAGACCCUUGAGAGCAUGGGGGAGGGCGGGCAGGACGGACUCCCAAGAUGAGCUGAGAGACCCAGAAGGCGAGCGGAUGGUAAGAGGAAGCAGCGAGGGCUGUCUGCCCGAUCCACAGUCAUCCUGCCCAGCCAUCCUCAGACUGAUCGGAACCUCAACUCCCAUCGCGCCCCCCCAUCGUCUCGGAGCUGAAGCAGAGUGGACGGACAGCCAAGCCGCCCUUCCUGAUGGCUCUUCUCAGUCGCUGACUGGCUUUUGUGGAAUAUCUGGCCUUUCCUGUUUCGGGGAAUCCUCUCUGCAGCGCUUCCUGGACCUGGCUGAGGUUGAGACGGUGGGGGAGGUGAGGCCGAACUCUGAACAAGACUCUCCUGCUCCGCUGGCAGGAUUAAGCCCCCCCCUGUCUCCUCCAUUAGAGGCUGCAGCAGACGCAGCCAUCAGCCAAGCUGAACUGCGUGGCUCGUCAGAGCUGCCCACCACUCUUCACUCAGGUCAGCAGCAGCAUUUGGAACUACUUGUUGGAGAUGCCAUGCUGCCAGAGGUGCUGCUUCAUGAGGCUCCGCGCCUGCCAUCCAUACCAGGAAGCAGAGUCCCCUCAGACAGGACAGAUGGGGAGGAAGAGGAGGAGGAGGAAGAGUGGGCGGUGGCUCCCAGAGUGCAGGAUGCCCCCCCAAACCCCCCCAGGUCAACAGCGGCUGCAGAGUGUCAGCUCAGCAAGAGGGAGAAGAACCGGCUGAAGAGCCAGCGGCGCAAGCAGAGGAGGAGAGAGCGCUGGCUCCGCAGUCAGCUGGAGGAGAGCCAACUGGGAUUCUCGCCUCUGGGCAGUGAGGAUGAGGAGGAGCGCGAAGGCCACACCUGUGCCGUGUGUCUGGACGUCUACUUCAGCCCCCACAUGUGCCAGCCCUGUGGCCACGUCUUCUGCGAGCCCUGCCUGCGCACGCUGGCCAAGAACCGUCCAGGCAGCACACCCUGCCCUCUCUGCCGCACCGUCAUCUCCCACGUGCUCUUCCAGAAAGAGCUCAACCAGACUGCUAAGACUUUCUUCCCUAAGGAGUACCUCUCAAGGAAACAGACUUUCCAGAAAGCAAACUACGCCAAAUGGCCUCUUCCUCACUGCCCCAAACGGUUUCGCAUCUUCUGGGGGUUCCAGAGAGAUGCUGCCCGGGGUGGCCGGUGGCAGUUUCCUAACCGGCCUUUUGGCCUGGACGCCCUGGACCUGGUGGACAUGAGGGCCUGGCCCUUUGACAUUGACCUGGUCAUCAUCUACGUCUACUCCAUCCACUGGAUCCUGGCCUUCCUCAUCCUUUGUUUUGUGGGCUACUGUUUCUUCUUCUGAUGGGAUGACUUAGGCAUCAGGGCUGUCAUAUUCAUUUUGAUGGACCUCUGAAUAUUCACUGAAACAGACUGACCAACCUCAGUCAACUGCACAUUUAAGUGAAGUAGGAGGCAAGCCAUGGACUUGUCAUCUUUUUUUCUCUUCAGUUGUGGAUUUUAAGGGUUUUGAAACCAAAAUGUAUUUUGUGCAUUAUUUUAGUUUGAACUUUUAUUUCAGGCAUUUGUUUGUUGUGUGUAAGAAGACACACAUUGUGUGGUUAUUGAAAAAGGGUGGGCCAAGAAGUGCAAUCAUGUGCAAUCAUGUGCAAUGGGAAAUAUUCAGUUCCUUUUAAGUGUUGUAAUUAAUGUUGCCUUACUGCCCUUCAUAUCGUCUUAAUGGCGAGUAAAUGGACCUGUCAUUGUAUGUUAUUGGUAUUUCUGUUUUUGUUUGUAAAUUGUCUUAUUAAAUUUAGUGAGGAAAUGUUAA